GUUAGUUUUUUAUUUUCCUUUUCCUUUUCCCUCCUCCUUUCAUUUCCUUUCUGCCCAUUAAACAAUGAAAGCAGAUUACCAAUCAUCCUUUCUCCUCCGUAGGAAACACUCAUCAUUGCUGCCAACGAUCCUUUUCAACCUUAGAAACUUGAGCUUCCAAGAUUGAUAUUCCCUUCCUAUUUCCAUGAUUCAUCCCCUUUUAGUUCUUCCCCACAAUUUAAAUACAACCCUCUUCACAACUUUUUUCCUCCCCCUUCUUCUUCAACUUCCACUUUGCUUCUUGUUUUCCCUCCUCCUUAUGAUGGAUCCUUUCUCUACCAACUCUGUCAAUGGCUUCUACAAUUUCUUGACUAGAGGAAUUGAUGAUCUUGAACGUGUCUUCUUAUCCAAUAACUUCAUGUCAAUUCAGUUUCUUCAAAGUGUUUUAUCCCUCUUACGAUCCUUCCAUACUCAGUUGACCCUUCUUGUUCAAAAACUCAGAUUGCCAGUGGGUGAAAAAUGGCUUGAUGAAUACAUGGAUGAAAGUUCAAAACUUUGGGAAGUUUGUCAUGUUCUUAAAACUGGGAUUUCAGGCAUGGAGAAUUACUAUUCCACUGGGAUCAGUAUAAUUUCUUCUCUUGACAGUCAUGGCCAUUUAAGCCCACAGCUUUCUCGUCAGGUUAUUCGGACUAUUUCGGGCUGUCGAAGAGAGGCUGUGGGAUUAGAGGAGGAAAACAGGUCCUUGAUGGAGACAAGAAUUGAGCCACUUUCAUUAAGGUUUGAUGAGAAAGUUUCUGUAGAAUCCAAACUCAAUGGAUUCAAUGGAUUCAGAGGAGUUCUUUAUGCUAUGAGAAAUGUUAGUUCACUUUUGCUCAUGAUAUUGCUCUAUGGAUUGGUUUAUUGCUGGCCCGAAUCAAAUUUUUCCAAUGGGGGAUAUGAAGGGUGCUUGUUCUUUGGAUCAGCCUUUAUGAUCUCCACUGCAAGAUUGCAACAGAGGGUAGCAUCUGAAAUCAAUCAGAUUUCGGGCCGGCCCGGAAUUCUUCUGUAUGAGUUUAGAAGAUCAAAAGUUGCCAUGGAUGAACUCAGGGGAGAACUUGAGAGAUGCUGUUCACAAGGAAUAGUAGAAUGGGAAUCUGAAGUUGGGAUUAGAGAACGAGUUGAAAAUUUGAAGGGUUGUUGUGGGAUUUUAAGGGCUGGAACUGAGAAUAUCAUCGGACAGCUUGAUGAUUUUUUUGAUGAAAUUGUUGAAGGGAGGAAGAAACUCUCAGAUUUCUGCAGCCAUAGGUAAAAAGAAUUCAAGAAUGUGACAGAUAAGAAAAAUGGAAUAUAACUAUUGAAAAUCAGUAGUUGAA